UCAAGUUGGCUUGUUUGAUGUGUGGAUGAGCAUGAAUUUUGGGUCCGGGAAAGGAUCAAAGUGUGUGCUUCUUGAUGGAUGUCUGAAAUGUGUAUGUGUCCCAUGUUGGGAGGCAUGCCAUGAAGCCACACAUCUAUAGCACUCUACAAGAAAACCGACAUCCGACGGUGAAGUGGGCCCAGAGGUCUGAUAAAGUUUACAUCACUGUUGAAUUACCAGAUGCCAAUGAUGUAAAGCUCAAUCUGGAACCAGAAGGGAAGUUCUUUUUCUCUGCCACUAGUGGUGCUGACAAGAUCCCCUAUGAAGUUGACAUCGACUUGCAUGAUAAAGUUAAUGUGGAUGAGAGCAAGGCUAGCAUUGGGGUGAGGAAUAUAUGUUACCUUGUGAAAAAAGCUGAGAAGAAAUGGUGGAGUAGGCUGUUAAAGCAGGAAGGGAAGCCUCCUGUGUUUUUGAAAGUAGACUGGGACAAAUGGGUCGAUGAAGAUGAAGAGCAGGAACACAAAUCUGGAGAUGACAUGGACUUUGGUGGCAUGGAUUUCUCGAACUUAAACCUGGGUGGUGCAGGCGAUUUUGACAUGGAUGAUGACAAGGAUGAAGAUGAUGGCGAAACAACAGCGGCGACAAAGACGGCAGAAGACCCAACAGAGGGUGGUGGUUCAGAAGCAAAAGCUUAAAGUGUUCUCGACUGUUGUUCUGAUUUCCUUCCAACCUAUGUUAACUGUUGUAGUUUUCUUCUCAUCACGUUUACCUCUUAA